AUGUUGGUGGAUUCAACAUGUUCCAGUCCGGACCAAGUGCCUGAUGAAAAUCAUUGUAACUCUGAAAAUACUGCUAUUACAGAUGCUGAUAUUGAAGAGCUUAAUAGUCUUUUACCGUGUUUUAAACAAACUCCAACUGAUUAUGAAUUACGACUAAAAAAAGCGUGUCAAAAACUUUUACAGCAUCCUUGCAGUAUUAUUUCAACGUUAUCUUUAGUCAAAAAAAUUGAUCAAGAUGCAGCAAAUUUACUUGUAGAUGAAUGUUUAUUACUGUUCACUAAUGAUUUGUUUAAAGCUGAUAGUCAUCUGGAUCUUGAAGGUUAUAUUAAAUACAUACCAGAUACUAUAAAUUUAAUAUUCAUUAACCGCCUACUUCAUUAUGAAGUAGAUCCAACAUUAUAUUUUAAGAACAUUACUAUUCCACAAGUGUGGAAAUCUUACUUAUCUAACAGUACCAUUAUUCUUUUACGUACUAUGGAGUUCUAUAAAAACAUUCUAGAUUCAACACCACCUGACUCACUUGAUAAUCUUCAAUCUAUGAAUUAUCCAAAUAAUGAUCAAAACGUAAAUCCUUCGUUGACUUUCAAUGAUCAAUUAUGGAAUAAACAAUCACAACAUUGUAAACUAUCACAUCAACAAAAAUUUUGUUCUAUCUGUGAAUUAACAAAAAUUAUUUCCUCAAUUCAUCCAUCAUCAACAAACACACUUAUUGAAUCACAUUGUCUUACUACUCCAUCAGCUGAUUCUAUUAGAACUCAUGUACAUUUAAUAUCACCUAUUUUUAAUAUUGAGGAACAAGAAGAUGUUAGUGAAUUUAUUAUUACUUUGUUGGAACAUUUUGUUUGUUGUUUACCAUCACAUCUGUCAAUAUCAUCUACUCUUUCUUUGGAACCAACGAUUAUUGAUCAAAUAUUCAAUAUUAAGCUUCUAUCAUCUGGACAAUGUCUAUCGUGCUUAUACACUUUCAAAAAAGAAGAAAUUACUAAUAUAUUACUAAUCGAAAUAAAUAAUUUAAACAAUUUAACUGAUGCACUUACACAUUUCUUUGAUCGAGAAGUAGUAAGCUCCUUUACAUGUAGUAAUUGUUGUAAAUGUGUAAAACUCGACAAACGUAUUACUAUUAAUGAACUAUCACCAAUAUUAAUUAUAAAUUUUAAACGAUGCAGUAUCUCAUUUGAUGCAACUGAAAAGCUUUCGCAUCAAGUGAAUUACAAUGAAUUAUUAGAUGUUUCGCCUUAUAUGACGUCUUAUUCGCUUGCUUCAAAUGAUAAAACUGAAAACAUUAAUUCAUCAGAUAAUUCUUUUUACAAAUUGUACGCCGUCAUCAAUCAUAUUGGUGAUGAUCUUAACAGUGGUCAUUAUUAUUCUUAUGUCCGAUCAGUAGAUAACCUUUGGUUUCUUGUCGACGAUGCACAUUGUCGAAACGUAUCUUCAACUGAAGUUUUAAAUCAUUCAGAAGCUUUAAUACUAUUUUAUGCUAAAAUAUUUCAUACGUCCAAAACAAUGCAUACGUCAUUUCAACAAAUACCACAACCAUUAACGUCUUUAGUAACAGAAGACAACAUUGUCUUGCAUUCUUCUAUUUUAAGUUCAUCUAUGCCGGCAAAUUCAACAUCUAUGAAUGAAUCAAUAACAUUUUUGAAUGAAAAAAUAUCGAAACCCAAGUCUUUAAUUAAUACGACGAAAACGAUGCAAUCUGAUACUUUUAAUUCCUUACGUGAUACUCAAUCAACGUCUGAAAAUACUCUUUCUACAGUUGAUUCAUCAAAAACUAUUGUUUUAAACAAGGAUCCUAUUCCUGGAGAAACAGAAAGUAGUAUAACAAUUAUUAAAAGAUGUUCAAACAAACUCAUCAAAGAUAAACAGAAGACCACUGAUCAUAUAUUGAAUAAAGCUUCAGAUACAUCACAACAACCAAUGUAUUAUAAAAAAUCUUUCGUAAAUAAAACAUUUGAUGAUUCAAUACAUCAAGUACCUGACGAAACUUGUAAGAAAUUAGCAUCAGUGGCAGCAGGUGUAUCGAUUGACGAAACAUAUGAAGAUACACUUAAACAAAAGCAUUUCUUUCGUUUAAGUCAAAAUGAACUCUUAAAAAUGAAUAAAUAUCGACAAGAAAAAUUAGAAAAAGAAUCUAAUCAUAAAAUGGAACUAAUGGGAUUAGCAAUCGAUUCAUCGUCAUUCGGAAAAAAACAAUCGAAAAAUGGAAAUAUGUCAACGACAAAUAAUGAUUUAAAUGGUGAUGAAUCUUACCAAGAAAAUAAUAAUAUUAAAAAAAAAAACGUUAAUAUUGAAUAUCUAAAUUUACUUUUACCUCAUCUGAAACAUUAUAAUUCGGCUUGUGGUUUAUGUAUUCGAUCACGUUACUUUGGAAAAAAUGUUUCUAAACCAAAUUCUCUUCUUGUGCGAUGUAUAAUACAAUGUAGUGGUAGUAUUUGUGAAUUCAAAUGUACAGUGCAUGUUCUGAAUAAUGGUGAUUGUUUUCUUAUUGCAAUAAAUCCAAAUAUAUUUCAUCAUGUUGGUGAACGACUUAGUCGUCCUAUUCGUGGUUCUCAACGUCAGGCAUUAAUUGAAAAAUUUAAAUCAGGUGCUUCUCUUUAUCGAUUACAUGCUCAAUAUGAUAAAGAGCGAACCAAAAAUGAAAAAAAAGGUUUUAAUUACGAUCGUACAGGCAAAUCAAAGAAGAUUUUCAAAAAGAUUAAAGCUGAAGCAGUAGCCGCAUCUUUACUUUCACCAGAUAUUACACAAGGUAUUUUAAACCUUCAUGAUCAAUUAGUUGAUGAAAUUAAUAGCGAUGGUAUCGUUAAAGGUGCAAUUCAAGUGGUACAACUUAGACCAUUUUGUAUUGUAGCUUUUACCGAAGCUUCUAUACGUUUAUAUGAUGCAAUUGUCAGCCAUCCUGAAACAGUAUUAUCAUGGGAUGCCACGGGAGGCAUUAUCAAAAAUACUGCAUCAAUAUCAAGACAAUGUUUAUAUUAUGAAUUAACAGUAUCUCAUCCAAAUAUAACUAAUGAAGACAGCUUGGUACCAUUAACGUUCAUGCUGUCAGAAUCACAAACUCUUCAUACUGUCACUAAUUGGUUAACAGCAUUUAAAGAAAGUUAUAAAAAAGUAUUUCCUCAUAAAAAAGAUUCAUUUCCAAGACCAGCAGUGAUUUUAUCUGAUCGAGCUCAAGUUCUUCUUCAAGCUGCUCUUCAUUUUUUUAAUGACGAAAAUUAUCAACAAUUUCUUACACGUGCCUAUCGUAUAGUCACUCAUCAAGCUAUUCAAAAUGACUUAUCAAAAACCAUUAUUCAUGCUUGUUUAUCUCAUUUUAUGUUGGACAUGAGAAAACGUGUUAAUAAAUACUUGCAUGAUGAUAUUCGUGAAUUAGGUAUGUGGUGUGUUGCUCUUUUAGUUAACACAAAUACAUGGGUUGAUAUGAAAGAAAACUGGAGGUUAAUUUGUGAGGUUUUUAUUAAUUAUUCAACAAAUGAAACAGUAACUUUUAAACAACAUUAUUCAAUACUUCUUUCUCGCAUCAGCCAAAUUACAAAUGAUCCAAAUUCAUCAGCAGCUAUUAAUCAAUCGAAAGAAAUUAUAUCGGAAUCGACUGAUCCAUUUGAAUUUGAUGAUGAUAUUGAAAAUGAUAACUUGCACCAUAAUCUAUUCGAUUCUAAUAAAACUAUGGAAAAGACGAAACAAUUGAAAAGAUCAUAUUCUCAUCGAACAUCUGUUAAUAACUCGAUUAUUGAUGAAGAAAAACAGCUGAACGAAAUCGAUAGUAAUUUCAAGAUUGAUCUUCAAAAAAUUUAUUACGAGUGUUAUGAAAAAAACAUCAAGUCAACUGCUUCUUCUUCAACAUUAGAUAAAGCAGCUAAAUCUGUACGACAAUGGUUGGCUUAUUUCAAUCAACAUUGUAUACCAACGGUGGCCAUUUGGUCAAACUUGCUAUUAGGUGAUCUAUCACGUCAUGUAAUAUCAUCCAUUCGAGCAUUUGACAACUUACUUUUGAAUCAACAUGAUCAAAGAACAAAUGCCAUAUCAGAAAGACGCAUGGCAAUCGUGAAAAGAACACAACUUGGUACACAAACUUAUAUGCGUUCGGACGUGGUUUUACAAAUACUCGUUCAAGAUAUGCAAAAAUUUAUUGAAAACUUCUCUAUUUCAUACUUAGCUUCAACAUCCGAUGAUAGUAAUAAUGAAAGUUCUCAACAGAGAUUGAAAGAGUUAAAGGAAAACUGGAGACAAAAGAACCGUCGUGGUUCUGGAUUUUAUGCAAAAAAACCAGACAAAUCAAUAAUGAACAAUCUACAAUAUGCACUUAUUGCAUCUUCAACAACAAUUAAUGAUGGUCUUUCAAUACCAGAUUUACCUGUAUCCAACUGGUUAAAUGUAACUAUUGGAAUGUUAAUAUCGAUUAAAUCAAUUCGUGAAUCUGCACCUUCACUAUUAACAAUAUCAACGUCUUUACCUAAUGAUAUACUUUCCUUCAUCAAUAGAUGGACAUCUUCAUCAAAUCGUACCCAACCCAAAAAACAAACAAGUACAGAACAAAUACAACUAUUGAAUGCUCCAUUUCAUAUACCAACUAAUGUCCCAGUCGAUGGUAAUGAACAAAUAAAUUUUAUUCUACACAAAAUUAUUCUCGAAAUUAUUGAUUCUUCAAUACCAGCAAUUAAAAUAUUUACUUAUAUGUCUUGUAAAUUUACUACACAUACCAGGUUUAACAUUAAUUAUAUUCCGCUCAAUAUGGUUGAAGGAAAGUACCAUCUUCGUGAACAAUUAAAUAAUUACUUUGGUGGUUUCAUAUCCGAUCAUAUAUGUUAUAAAUGUUCAACGAGUAUGUCUCGACAUAUAAAAUUACUUGAAUGUCCAUCUGUAAUCAUUCUUCACAUUAGAUGUAUUGACAUUUCUUCGACAGUUUUACGUAAACCACCGAACGCAAUAUUUUUUCAACCUUUUCUAGAAAAAUUUAAUAUUGGUUGUACGUCAUCAAGUAUUUAUGACGUUGUUGCAUUUAUAUCUAUAAUGCCAAAUACAGAUAACAAAUUAGUGCUAGCUACAAAAAUUAAACAACGAUGGCGCAUUAGUUCCAUGCCAAAGCUUAUUGGUAAUGGUGAAAAAUUAUGUAAAUUAUUUGCUAAUAGUCGAUUAAUAAUUCUGGAACGUCUUCGAACAUGCAAUAGCAACUUUAUUUUUGCUAUAGCACAAUGCUGUUCUGUUCGUAUUAAUGAUAUUACAGAAAAUAAUAUUAAAGCAUGUGAGACAUUGAAUGCUGCUGUUAAAAUCAUCGAAAGUAAAACAACAUUUUAUAAUCUAAAGUUAAUUUUGUCUUCAAAUUAUACUACAUAUUACCAAUGCCAAAAAUGCCGAUGUUCAUCUAGUUCAUUAUUAACAACAAGUAACUGUAUAUCUAUUUAUGAACGAUAUACAGAUCAUUCUCAAGUAUAUGCUACUCCGCUAACGUGGCAAGCUACAUUAGAUCUUCAUUGUUCGGUUUGUGAUGAAAAAAUCAAUAAUGUAAAUUUACCAACACAUAGUCAAGUUCAUCAUCAAUAUCCAGUUAUUUUAAUGUUUUAUUCAUCACGUACAACACUUCGUGCUGUUCGAGAUCUUUGUAUCGAAUUAGGUGAUGAUAAUAUACGAGAUCGAUAUGCAUAUCGAUCAAUAUCGGUUUUACUUAUCGACGAAUACAAUUCAAUAUCGGUGAUUAAACUUGAAAAACUCCAAGUUUAUUGUAGUAAUCCAUAUGAGACAACAACUACAUUAUCUCAUGAUUCAAUUAAUGAUCUUUUUCAUUCAGCUCAAAAGACAAUAAUUUUUCUGCAACAAUCAACAACGACUCCAACUCCUACUCCUUUUGUAUUCAAAUCACCUUUACCAAUUCAUCUCGUUAAUAAAUCAACCGGUAAAUUAACAACUGGAUCAAUUCGAUCUUUAGCGAUUUCACAAAAUCUUUCGAUUAAACAGACAGUCAAUGGCACCAUUCAUCAUUCAACCUAG